UUGACAGCAGAGCGCAUUGAGAGCUGCAGUGGAGGCUGGAGUCUUGCUGGGUCUUCAGAGGGCCAUGAUGGCUCAUUACUUCUGUGUCUCCUGCCCCCAGGUCUUGCCCCCAUCCCCAGAGGCACGAGGCAAUGUGGACGUUUGGGUCACCUGCCGCCACCGCCGAAACAUCUUCUGGCGUUGUCGAGACAGGCAACCACACCUAGGGCUGUUCGAGAUCGGCCCAGACCACGAACUCUAUCGGCUUACUUGCAUGAUGCAGGCAGGGCUGUGGGCUGCCAUCCAAGCGUCCAUGGAGCACCCCCCUGUAGGGCUGCCCUCCGAAGAGGAUUUCGCUGAGGUCCUGACCCAGGCACAUGAGGGCUUCGAGAUGGACACGCUGGCCGGCCCAGCUUUUGCAUGGGUGCGCCACUCCCUGGGCCUGUCCGAAAAGGACUACCAGAAAGCGUUGGGCCCCGGAGGCCCCUACCUGCAAUUUGUCAGCAACUCCAGGAGCAAAGCCAGCUUCUUCCUGUCCCAGGACCAGCGUUUCUUCGUGAAGACCCAGCAGCGCCAGGAGGUGCGGGUCCUGCUCACCCACCUGCCCCGUUAUGUGCAACACCUGCAGAAGCACCCCUAUUCGCUGCUUUCACGGUUUCUGGGAAUGCACAGUCUGCGGGUGGCCCGGGGGAAGAAGAAAUACUUCAUCAUCAUGCAGAGUAUCUUCUACCCUGCCAGCGGCCUUUUCCAGAGGUAUGACUUCAAGGGCUGUGAGGUGGACAGGUGGGUGAACCCGGCCCUCGAGGAAGGCCCCUUCUUGGUGCUGAAGGACCUCAACUUCCAGGGCAAGACCAUCCACCUGGGGCCCCAGCGGACUUGGCUUCUCCGCCAGAUGGAACUGGAUACAGCCUUCCUUCGGGACCUCAGCUUGAUGGACUACAGCCUUCUGCUCUCCUUCCACCAGCUCCAGGAGGGCGAGAGGAACCAGGCCAGAAGCUUCAGCUCUUCCGUCAGAUCCAUGCAAGGGGCCCAGAGCCUGGAAGAGGCGGCAGAGCAGAAAUCUCGGUUGCUCUUCGAUCGCCCCCAAACUCCCCACAUUCUGGAUGGGCCAGAGCAACGCUACUUUCUGGGCCUGGUGGAUCUUGCCACCGUGUACGGGCUCCGCAAGCGGCUGGAGCAUCUAUGGAAGAUGCUGUGGUACCCGGGCCGGAGCUUCUCCACCGUCAACCCGACUCGCUAUGCCAGUCGCCUCUGCCAGUGGGUGGAGGCACACACGGAGUGAGUGGAGUGACCCAUCCGAGACCACCAGCUCAGUUCUCAGUGUCCGGAUUGUGGGUGCAUCGGCUGUAGUUCCAGGCUUUGGUUUCCAGGUGG